AUGUCUGGCGAUCUACCUAAACCCACAUUUCUCUCCCGGAUAUUUGGGGCGAACUCAAAUCCAGGUGAGGACCCCUUGCUCAACGACGAUAACAUUGAUCUUCAAUAUGGGGAUACAAGUCUUGAAAGUACUCAGAGUAGGCAGAGCAGCAGCGAGAAUGCAGAAACCACCAAUGAAGUUCAUUUGGGACAUAGUGCAGUAAUACAAUCGGCUUCUGAUUCCAGUGCCAGCUCGGAUGAGGGCUCUGUCUCAUCAUCAGCGUCGCUGCGUCGAUUCGAUCCUCAGAAACAGGCGAUUAGAGAUCAAAUUCAAUCCGAAUACGAAGAAAAUAUGUUGGAUGUGGUUCCCCAAAGUUUAUUAAUGGACGAGGGGAAGGUACAAGGCCGGAAAUCAGCAGUUCCUUUAAAUCAAAACAUAACUGGCAGUCAUCUUGGUAGUCGAUUGGGCGAGAAAGCUCUGGAAUUCGCUCGCUCUAGCAUUCAAUUCACUCACAGGCGACGAGACGAUGAAGAGACUGCCAUCGAAAUGAGAUCUCUAGGAGGAGGUACAGGUGGAUUGACGUCUAAAGUCCCAAUGCUUAGUCCCACAGAAAGAGCCCUUUGGAUCUGGUCUAACGUCACUAAUUUGGAUAGAUUUUUACAGGAUGUCUAUCGAUACUACAUAGGAAAUGGCCUACAAUGCAUUAUACUUACUCAAACUUGCGAUUUGGCUAUUAUAGUGUUUGUUGUAUGGCUGUCCAGUUUUAUGGGUAAUUGUAUCGAUUACGACAAGCUUUUGAAUGGAGGAGCUACUUCUUUCGAUCAAGUUAGAGUGGAUAAAUGCUAUUCAAAGAUAUCAUUGGGACAAAAGUGUUUCUACUACAUUCUAUUGGCUGUCUUGGCUGUCAGAGUAAGGAACUGUAUUCAUGAGUUCAAAGAUUUCAGAGAAAUCAAGCUAUUCUUCAACUGUCUCCUUGGAAUUAGCGAUGACGAGUUGCAAACCAUUAGUUGGCCCAGCAUUGUAAAGAAAAUAAUGAUUUUGAGAGAUCAAAAUACUAAUGCAUUAGCAUCCGGAAGAAAAAUGGAUGAUGAUGAUGAUGAUGAUUUAAAGUCCAAGAAGAGAUUAAAUGCCCAUGACAUUGCCAACAGGCUCAUGCGAAAGGAUAACUAUAUGAUUGCAUUGUUUAACAAGCAAGUCCUUGAUACUCCUUUAAAAUUGCCGCUUCUAGAUUCAUAUUUCCUCACAAAGACUCUCGAAUGGAACUUGAAACUAUGCAUCUUUGAUUAUUUGUUUGAUACCGAAGGACAGCUCAAAAAAUCCGUAUUAAGUGAACACAGCAGGUUAUCCCUUUCCCAUAACCUUGGUCGAAGGUUUCAAAUGGCAGGCUUGUUCAGUAUUGUCCUUACCCCCGCCUUGAAUUUCCUCAACUUUGAGAUCACUUCUGGCCAUACUGUUUUGUUUUACAUGUCUGCAUUUGGCGCUCUUUUCACCAUCUGUAAGAGUUCCAUUUUGGACGAUAAUUCCGUUUUCGAUCCAGAGGCCUCAUUAAGGUAUGUAGCUCAGUUCACCCACUACUUACCAAGCUCUUGGGAGGGCCAGUACCAUACAGAGAAUGUUAGAAGUCAAUUUUGCAGGUUGUUCAAUUUGAAGGUUGUAUUAGUACUGAAGGAACUCACAAGUAUGAUUAUGCUUCCCUAUUUAUUAUAUUUUAGACUGCCAGAUGCAUCCGAGAAGAUAUUGGACUUCUUUAGAGAGUUUACUAUUCAUGUUGACGGUCUGGGAUACGUCUGCAGCUUUGCAAUGUUUAACCUAGACGACAAUAAGGAUAAACCAGGAACCAUGUACAUAGGUAGAAGCGGAAAAUGGGAUAGAGAGGAACUGAAGAGCGGCUAUUAUGCCGCCAACGACGAUAAGAUGGUGAAGUCGUACCUGUAUUUUCUUGAGAGUUAUGGAGAACCGGUGACUAAAAGACCUCAAGCACAUGUAACGUCUACCCCUCGUUCCACCUCUACAACUCCUGCCGUGCGCCGCAGGCAGCUAGACCACAUGGAAGAUACUACAGCAGGAUUAUCUACAGAUUCCAAGAAUUACUUAAAUAAUGCCAGAAAUAGCAUGCUACUGGGGGAUUCGGUGCAUACUCAGCAGCGCAACGAGGCCAAACUGGCAGAUAGCGGAGGAGUCUUAGGAUUACUCAAUCAAAUAUAUAAGCAUCAGCCAAGGGAAACAUGA